CUCAAGGGUUGCUCAAAAUGGCGUGGGACCCACGAAAGGGUUGGAAGCUGGAGCCGCGUAUAACACUGGACCGAACCAUCACCAAGGUUCGUUACGAGCCACCGAGACGACUCCCCGAAUCGUAGCUUAUGUCGACCGGAGAGUCGCGUCCGAACUGGAGUGGGAAAGAUCGCUGGCGUCGAAUUUGGAGCGGAGCGGAGGCGAAGAAGAAGAGACCCGAAGAGGGAAAUCGCGGUGAGCUCGCGCUCCAUGACGCCGCAUCAACAAAUAAAGCAGGCGAGGCCCGAUCGAUCUCCGCGAUCAGUGUAACGAAAAAAUUGCGCCGAAAACGCAGAAACUCCGACCGCCCGCCUCCGGAUGAGAUCUUCUCUGACAUCUCGGCGGAUCGUUGGAAGCAGGUACGAUGAAUUAUAUUGGAGGUUCAUCACUUGCUCUUUUGCGUAUGCUCCCAGAAAUCUUUGCCUUUCCGUGGGAAGGUCCUGCGAUUGAUUAGUCUUCGUGCUCCAAUGCACGCAUGGUGUUCGAGAUAAAGCGCGUCGCGAAAUGGGUAAUCCUCGACAAGGUUCUGUUCGUGUAAGGUGGGCAACAGCAUUGAUGUCACUCCUUGCAUGGGUUACCUCUCCGACACAGAUUUUUAGGGCAUGUCAAGAACAGGAACAGGAUAAUUACAACGUGAUUGACGGAGAAAAAGAAGCAAAACCAGUAACGUAUUCCCCGUCGCCGCAUGCGCCUCCUCGUGUAUCGUCGUCAUGCAUGACAUCUCCCUAUGACGACUCACCACGUCUGCGGGAGAGAGAGAGAGAGAGAGAGAGAAGGAGAGGAACAACUGCUGCUGCUGGGGUCAUCUCCUCCAUGUUUCACGUUCGCUUCUUACAGUUGACCGAAACUACUGCUGCUGCUGGGGUCAUUUCCUCCAUGUUUCACGUUCACUUCCUACGGUAGACCAAAAGUGGCGCUCUUCGUUUCCGGUACGUCUCUCUCUCUCUCUCUCUCUCUCGGUGGCUCCCGAUCUCCCCCACUCUCCCCACCUACCGCCUCAGUAUCACCUAAUGCACAAAUUCAACAGCCACAGCUGGAGGUAAACUUACCUGUGGUGAUGCAUGCUUCCACUGAUCUUAUAGAAACGCAGCAUCAGCCUGCAUGUCUCGCUGCGAUCCGCAACGGAGGACUGAGCUUGCUGUAGUUUCUGAGGAGACAUGGAAGUGGCACAGGAAUGGCCCGAGCCCAUUGUCCGGGUGCAGAGCUUGGCUGAUGCCGAAGCCAUCCCCGAGAGGUACAUCAAGCCACCGUCCGAGCGUCCCAAUCUGAAUCCCGGCACGGCCAUGGCGGCAGGUGAGACAGAAUGCCUUCCCGUCGUAGACCUCGGCGGGCUUAGAGGUGGCGCGGCGGAGAGGCAGGCGACGAUGCGCGCCGUGUCGGAUGCGUGCAGGGAGUGGGGUUUCUUCCAGGCGGUGAACCACGGGGUGAGCCCAGCGCUGACGGCGGCGGUCAGGGAGGCGUGGAGGCAGUUCUUCCAUCUUCCCAUGGCGGAGAAGCAGGCGUAUGCCAAUUCCCCCACCUCGUUCGAGGGCUACGGCAGCCGCCUCGGGGUCAAGAAGGGCGCCAUUCUUGACUGGGGCGACUACUUCUUCCUUCAGCUGUUACCGCAGUCCAUCAAGAACUACGACAAAUGGCCAACACUUCCUGCUUCCUUGAGGGAGACGACUGAGGCCUACGGCGACGAACUGGUGAAGCUGUGCGGGGUGAUAAAGGAGGUGCUGUCGUUAACCCUAGGAAUGGACGAAGGGUUCCUUCACAGAGGAUUCGGGGAGCCUGGCGCUUGCCUGAGGGUGAACUUCUAUCCCAAGUGCCCGCAGCCGGAGCUCACCCUCGGCCUCUCUCCCCACUCCGACCCCGGUGGGAUGACCGUGCUGCUCACCGACGAGCACGUCAAGGGGCUGCAGGUGCGCAAGGGCGACGACUGGAUCACGGUGCAGCCGAUCCCUGAUGCUCUCAUCGUCAACAUCGGCGACCAAAUCCAGGUGUUGACGAAUGCCACCUACAAGAGCGUCGAGCACCGAGUGACGGUGAACGCGACAACGGAGCGGCUCUCCUUUGCCUUCUUCUACAACCCCGACGACGACCUGCCCAUCGAGCCCGCCGCCGAGCUGGUGACGCCUACCUCGCCGCCGGUGUACAAGCCGAUGACGUUCAAGGAGUACAAGAUGUACAUGAGGAUGUUGGGCCCCUGUGGCAAGUCGCACGUAGAUCUCCACAAGGCUGCAUGAUCGACGCGUGAAUUGGGUUCGAUUGUUGUUGUUGUGCCGAUGCAACAUAUACGUUAUGCUCGAAAGGAUUCGUCUUAAUCGUGUCUCCUCCUCAUUUGUCCUUUUGAUUUGAUUGAAUAAGAGACAUUGCUUUA